AUGUCAUAUUUCACCACUCAAAAGGGACAACUUGCUCCCCAGUCUCCGCCGUGGGACGACAACGCCGAGCAGCACGACUCUCAUGACGACUCGCAGUCGACAGACUGGUCACCAAUGUGCCCCCUGCACCAGACGGUCGAACGUGCACAAAUGCACAGUCCAGUCCGACCCGGAGACCCGUCCAUCCUGUCCUGGCGAGCGGCCAUGUUCACUCCGGUCGCCCAGAACAGCACGGCCCUGCAGACCCCACCCCAGUCCCCGCUCGAGGCGAUCCCGGAGCUGGACCCACAGUCCGACGCCUCCGACACGUCAUUCGUCGACCCUUACCCCGCAGACUUGGAUGAGAACGAGGACUACGGGUACUACACCGACAGUGAGUCCUCCUCGGAGGACUCUUACGCCUCAAGCUACACUCUGAGUAUCAUCUGGGAGGAAGACGAGGCGGGGGAGGUCAACGAGGACAUGGAGGCGUGUGUCGGCACGGAGCAAGGCAGCUCAAGUGGACCCCACAGUGCAGGUAUUGACCUGGACUGUGUGCUCGACUUGACUGCUCUUGCUCAGACACACAAGGACAGCGCCAACACGGGGCGAGAGCCCGACUCGCCAGGGUCCUCAUCGAGCAGUGGUCGGCUGCGAAGGAUACACGGCGAGAGGGAUUUGAGGGAUGCGGCAAGGGCUCAAGGGGAUGCAUCAGUCCCAUAG